CAGUAGUCGAGGUUGAGGUCGAGGGUGCGUGCCAGUCACGGUGAAGCUGAAGGCUGCAACUCUCCCCCUCCCGCAGCCUUACAGGCUAAAAGCCUUGUCCACCUGUUGCAGCCCCUUCAAGUUCAGUUCAAGCCUUCGCUCUCUUCUCUCGCUCUUCUGCUCCAACCUUGCAGUGCCUUACCAUCGCACGCAAAACUCGUCCCCUCCUCUUCUACUCUUCUUUUCCUUUUCUUUUCUCUCCGUCGUCUUCAUCCCCAUCUCUCACACUUCCUCUACGACAGUGCAUUUGGCCGAAAACAAUUUCUGCGCGUUGCACACUUCCGCCGCCGCCGUUUCUAGCCGCUCCUCUUAUCGGAGCCUUCUCUCGGCCUCCACACACAUACGCGCACAAGCACACGCACCAUUGCACCAGGCCACGCACUAGGCUUAUCCGACGAAUUUAUUUCCGUCUUGUAAUUUCGAGUCCAACUCUCAUUCUUACUCAAAUCUCAGCGAGUCACGCCGUGUCGCGUUGAAGUGAGAGGGGAAGAAGUUGCAGCAAGUUUGUUCCUCGAAGCCUUGUCGCCACACAGUCUGCUACCAGCGCAUUGCAUUGCCGCUACUGAUUACCAAAAUUCUCCUUUUGGAUUCAGACGCUGCCCCCUCCGUUACCACCACGGCUGCCAUAGGGAGCAUGCUCGGUCCCUUUUGGCCUGUAGCUAAUUGAGCUUCAUAUCCUUGCCGGUCUAUCGCAUCGUGGCCUUGUCUGGCUCACGCCGAACUCCGCACGCUCACUCAACGCUCACCCACCCAGCCUAGAAACCAAGCCCCAAACGCCACCCACCAUUCUUGUCAGCCACCAUGGCAACAACAGAGUCCAGCAUCAACCUCACCCCCGCGUCUCUCAGAGGCAGUCCUUCGGACCGCAUCAUCAAACCGCGACCUCGAAAGGAUUCGCUGCAAUCCAUCUCAGGUUCCGAUACUCAUCCUGGGCGGGUGGUGAAGCCUCGCGCUCGAAAAUCGCCCGGGUCUGGGGCUAAGCGAUCCGAGCCGGCCAAACGCAAAUUUAUUUGUUCAUUCUCUCAUUAUGGCUGUGAUGUCGCCUUGAGUUCCAAAAACGAAUGGAAGCGCCAUGUUUCGAUUCAACACCUGCAGCUAGGGUUUUAUCGCUGCGACGUGGGAUCCUGCAACCCCGACUUAAAUCCUAAUGUUCCGGGUCACAAACGUGUCUAUAAUGACUUUAACCGAAAGGAUCUCUUCACGCAGCAUCAUCGACGCAUGCACAAACCUGAAACAGGGCCUGGCUCGGCUCCAUUCUCCCCGAGCAAUCCGGAUCCCAAGGACUGGAGGGCCUUUGAAGAUAGCCUCGAAGAAGUUCGAAAUCGGUGCUGGGUGGAGAAGCGGAAACCUCCUCAGCGAAGCACCUGUGGAUUCUGUGGCCGAGUCUUCGAGGGUGAAGGGAGCUGGAAUGAACGUAUGGAGCAUGUCGGCGGUCACUUCUCCCGUGACAUUGUGGAGGCCAAAGAGGAACGAGAGGAUGAGGAUCUCACCAACUGGGCUCUGCAAGAGGGCAUCAUCAAAGACGGCGGCAACGGUCGCCAUGUGCUCGUGGACCAACCACCGGCCUCCGGGGAGCGGCCAUAUCUGGCUCGAGGAGACCGCGAUGUCAUCAUGGCCGACGCGCCCAGUUCUGAUGGAUUUUCUCGCGAUCCAGAUCAAUCCCCAUCGCUGAGCGCAUCAUCACGCAGACCGGAAUCGGAGAGAGGAGACUAUUACCAAAAACUGGACAGCCCCCAGGAGUCACGUCGCCUCAGCAAUGCAUUCCCUCCAAGCACCAAUGGCACUCCGCGGGCGCCAUCCGUGCCAUUGCUCCAGGCCACACCGGCUGGCUUGGGGGCGGGACAAGCAAUUGCUCCUGCUCCUCCGAAUGCUUCCACGACGCCGACUCUGGCACCGGCUCCCUCGCCUAGGGCGAGCCAGGCGCAACUCCCGCCUCCUCCUACCACUCCUUCUGAGAAGAAGAACUACAAUCUUGCGCCACCGCCUCUUUCAAAGACUCGUCGAUCACCUGGAUCUGCUUCUCAGGAAGACUCCGAGAGUGGCGACCGACUUGAAGACCUCAUCAACCAAUUGAUCCGGCCCAAACCGCCCAAGACACACCGGCGACUGACAUGGAAAUGCGACUGCAAUAUGGAAAUGUCUGUUAACCUCGACGAUGCUGACAAGCAGGCCAUUGAGAGUCUCCAAGACAUCAGCAUCAUCUGUAGCAAAACGUCCAAUCCUUAUCUCAAGGUGGCCAAAACUGGGAAAUACCAUGUGGUGGCUUGUGACGAAUUGGCGGGAUACAUUUGGCGGAAUUCCAAGCAACCCGUGGAGCAGCACAUUCGUGCACCAGAGACGGCGGCAGUUAGCUAAGACUGUUCGGUCAGGCUGAUCAUGGCUUCUUGUCGAUUCGAGCGGUUAGUGACUGAAACAUGGCCAAGGAAGCUGAGGCCGACUCGAUCGACUAUCAAUAUCAUGCCCCUUUCUGAACAAGAAACGCUGCAUGAACGACAUUUACGUUAAAAGCACCACCUGCUUCCUACCAUCAAAAAGCCGAUUUACAACGAGAGAGGUUGUCAUCGCUGGACAGACAGGAAGCCAUCGCCGCUGUCACUGCUGCAGCAGAUGUGGCUUGUGAUAAGCUUAACAGGGCGCAGAGAAACGAAUGGCGCCCUGGCCCAUGGGUCCAUAGCAACAAAGCAACAAAGCAUCUUGACCUUGGGAUCUGGUGUCCCUUUCUGGGAGCUUUAAAUCAUUCCCCACAUUCGUGGUAGACUCUUUUCGCAACCCCGCAGAACGAAGCGUGAAGUGUGACCCGACCGGCAACAAGUAUCACACAUUUUGUAUGUUACGAUUCUCACCGGUCUCUGUGUAGGUAGUUGUAAGUCUACAUAAGUAAGGUGAUUAUACUCGCCGAGAACUUGAAGCUUUGCCGAGUUCAUCGAGGGGAUUGCUUAGCUUCUCGGUAGGCUUGCCGUCGUUAGGUACACAAGUACUACAGCAAAAAGCAGCGUUAUUAUGCGCGGCUAGGGAGGCUAGGGGCAUUAGGCUCCUCCCGC